GGCGAGAGGAGUCAGUCGACUAUUAGUGGUCUGUGACUCUAGAGGUGGGCCGACCCCCGCCGGCAGAACCGAGCUCUACGCAGCUCGGUCGCGCUCGGUCGGCAGUCGGGGCCAGUCGGCCGCACUCCAGCGUUCUCCGUCUCCGCCGUUCUCUUCGCGCUCGUUCGUUCGUUCGUUCGCUCGCUCACUCGUCCGACCAUCGUCCGCUCGCUCUCGGCGUUGCGCGCCGCGCCACUCCAUCAGCGACGUAACAGUGUCCCUCGCUACCACCUCGCGCUAUGUGACGGAUAUCACGGGGCACCACAGUGUGUACCCCACCUUCCACCACGUACCGUUGUCUACCCGGACUCUACCCCACCGGUGUACCCCCCCUCGCCCUUUUUACCGAGACCUACCCCACCUUUCUCCUCUAUCUCCUCUCUCGUUGCCCCCUCUCGUCCCUGCCCUUCCCCCCUAGCCGAUCCUCGUCCACCGCCCCGUUGUGGAAAAAGAGAAAGACGGACUGUUUCGUGAACGCUCGUACGACGACGACGACGACGACGACGAGAACGACAACGACGAGGUGGCCACGGGUGCCUCGUGGAAAAGCGUGCCUGGAGAAAACAUGGAGUGUCCGCACCUUAGUCAGAGCGUGCGAUUUGGCGAUGACAACGUAGAUGGAUCGGGCUAUGCUGUGAAGGAUCUGCCGUUCGUCUGCGCAGUGUGCGGCACCGAGAAGAGUCCCUGGCUCUGUCUGCACUGCGGAUCCGUGCACUGCGGACGAUACGUGGCAGGCCACGCGUUGCAGCACUACGAGACUAAUACUCAGCACUGCGUGUGCAUAGACUGUGAGAGCUUGGCAGUAUUCUGUUACACUUGCGACGAAUACGUGGUGAACGACACGACGAAUGGCCAGAUCGAGAAGAUACGACGCGUCACCUUUCGUAAGGACGAGCACAAGGAGAACGAUGAAAGUUGGAGCACGUCACCGCCCACGACACCGCCGUCUUCGAGAACGCGGGACGACGGCGGGGAUGAUCACGACAACGAUCCGGACGCCUUGUGGAAGGCAGAGGUGGUCGUGAGGAAUUUACGACCGAGGACGGCGCGCAAGAGGUUACACUCGCUGGACGCCAGUAGCGCGGAUAAUCGGCCGGCCAAGCGUCGCAGCUCCAAAAGUACCAAAGAGAAAAAGGUCGUCGGUCUGAGAAAUCUCGGUAACACCUGCUUCAUGAACGUGGUGCUGCAAUCCUUCAACAACAUCAGCCACUUCUGCGAGUAUCUCACGCAGAUGCCGUGUCUCGAGGGUAUCGCCUUCGACGAAUCUACGGGGCCGCCGACGCACCGCGGCCGCAUCGUAACGCCGGGUCGCGCGAAGGAGAUGUCUAUGAGCGACGCUCUCCUCGCCGAGGAACUACGAAAGGUGCUACUCGGUCUAAGCUUGGGCGGUUCCAAUGGCCAAGCGAUAUCGCCCGAGUGCCUGUUCCUGGCCAUCUGGAAGGUCGUGCCGAGAUUUCGGGGCUACCAGCAGCAGGACGCCCAUGAAUUUCUCACCUACAUGCUCGACCGGCUGCACACCGAGCUGCUACAGUUGCUGCCCAGGCUGGGACACGAGCCUCUAGGAUUGCGCGGCAAACAGAGUAUUGUCACUGCCGUGUUUGGAGGCACUCUUCUUAGCGUGGUCCACUGUAUGAACUGUCGUACGGACUCGAAGACGCACGAGCCUUUCCAGGACCUUUCGCUGGACAUACCGGACCGAUUGCAGAGAAGCAGGACGAAGGAGCAGGAGGAAGUGUGCAGUUUGACUUACAGUCUGACGAGAUUCUUUAAAGUUGAAGAGCUGGCCGACAGCGAGCUCUACUUCUGCGACAACUGCAUGGGCAAGCAGAGGUCUACCAAGAGGUUCUGGAUACACAGGCUGCCUAACGUGUUGUGCCUUCACAUUAAAAGAUUUAGGUGGUGCAAUUCCUAUCGCUCGAAGGUGGACACGCAGGUGGAUUUCCCGAUGGAAUCUCUCGACAUGUCAGCGUUCACCGUGCGCGGCGUGACCGGGACGAGAUUGGGCGCUCAGAAUAGUCAUCUUUACGACUUGGCUGCCGUUAUCGUGCACCAUGGUUCUGGUGCUGGUACUGGACAUUACACUGCCUUUGCCGUGCAUGACGGCCAGUGGUUCCAUUUUAACGACAGCUCGGUGCGGCCCGCAACUACCGACGCUGUUGCUAAAUGUAAGCCUUACAUUCUGUUCUACGUGCGGAGGGAAUUUUCCAUUCCACCCCCCUUGUGACGUCGUUUCCCCGACAAGAAGCCCCGUCCCGGCAGCACGAGCCUAGAUGACGACGAAGACGACGAUGAUGAGAACGACGUGGAGCGCACGAAAAAGAACUGAACGAACGUUCCUUGUGAAUCUCGAUGCGAGCAAACGAAGCAGAAAAAGCAAGAGAUUUACUGGAUCGCGCCUCGAGUGCUUCGAGAUCGGAAGACGAAGAUUCGUCCGCUUAUCGCAUAUACUAUAUCCAUGAUUGCUCAUUGUUGCCAAAUCGUACAAUCUCGUUAGAAACGUAAUUCGCCCGUAUUCGCUAUCGCGCCUCGACAAGCCGCUACGACGACCUUUGAGACGCAAUGGGGAUAACCGGACACAGACAUAAUUCCGCCGCCGCGUUAAUCGCUCGAGCGCGUCCCUCCUCGUGCUUUAUCAGAUGAUUAAAACUGUAUAGCUCUUAAAUUAGCUCGAUGUCCGUCGAAGAAAGGUCGACCGGUACAGCGUACCAAGCGUGCUGAUAUACGUAUCAUAUCAGAUAUCUCGCCACAGAUUAUUUUAACGAUCUUUCUUAUCAUGUCUUUUACUCCCGUUGGAGACACCAACUUCAUCGUGAAAAAACAAAGCUAUUUUCUUCUGUUCAAACUAUCUUGUUUUUAUCUAGCUACAUAGCUGAGCUAUUAUUUCAUCAGCAUAUUGAAAUUAAUAUGAAAUCUUCUAUUCUUUCUUUACUCGUUUGAUUUCUUACUUAACUCUUUUCUAUUUACAUUAUGCUUAUUAUUUUAUGGAAUGCCUUUAAUAGAUAUUUACACUAUUUACUUUCUUUUACAUUUCUACAUUUUUUCUACAUUUAAAUUUGAUCUUUUUACUUUCUUAAUAAAUAUAACAAAUAUGUCGUUGCCAUCCUCGUUUACCAUCUCUAUCGAGAGAUCUCGCUUCGUGCGUGCCCGCAGAUGUUAAUUACUCGAUGGCAUAGGGGCUGGAGUUUGCAAAUCGUUAACUCGAAGAUGCGGUAACGCGGACGGGAAGGCGCGAGAGAGAGAGAGAGAGAGAGAGAGAGAGAGAGAGAGAACGAAAGAGCAUCGCAAUGUAUGAUUGACGUCGAGCACGCAUGCGUGUCGUGCCAAUGCAUGUAGAACGCAUGCGGUCGCGUGGAGGUGCGCGAUUGUAUGCGAGGCAUGUGCCGGCGGACGAAGCUUCUCUUCCUUUCUCGGCGACGACGGGAAGAGGGAGAAAGGGAGCUAAAUAGAUAGAGAGAAAGAGAGAUAGGUGAGAGAGAGCGCUCGAGGUGGAUCGCGGAAACGCAUUGCCUUUAGCGUCGAUUUUCUUUACGCUCUUAACACGGCGGCCGUCGACCGCCCACCCCCUUACCUUG